AUGGCACCCAUGUACGAAUCCAAACCCCCUCUCAAAAUGAACCAGCGCAGAUUUACCAACAUCGUAGCUAGAUGGCCCGGAAGUACACAUGACAGUCAUAUAUUCCGUAUGUCAGGAAUAAGACAAACUAUAGAAGAGAAGUUUCACUCGAUUAAGGAUGGGGUUGUUCUUGGUGACAGCGGUUACGCAUGUAAACCUUAUCUCAUAUCCCCGUAUCAGAGACCAUCGACACCAGCUCCGGAACGCUUUAACUCGGCCCAUUCCAAGACCAGGGUGACAAUUGAGCGUGCAUUUGAUUGGUGGAAGAGGCGUUUUCACGUCCUCCAUGCUGAAAUAGUGAUGACACCGGAGAGGGUCUGGACAGUCAUAGGAGGAUGUGCUGUACUUCACAAUCUUGCUAUUUCAUUCCGGGAGCCACUUGCAGACGAAGAUCAAGACUUGGACGUCGAUGGGAAUAUUCAAGGGCAGUACAACGGACCCGAGGAUGGGAAAAACAUAAGAAAUUAUAUCAAACAACAUUAUUUUUAA